AUGUGGUUGAUCAACACCAAAACUCUAGAGCUCGAAUUUGUUGCGAGCCUUAAGGAGCGCUCUUACGCCGUAUUAUCACAUACGUGGGAGGAUGAAGAAGUGACCUUCCAACAGUUUUCAGAUAGCACAAAACGCGCGUCGACUAUACAACUGCGCGGAUUUGCCAAGAUUGCGAAGACAUGUCAAUUGGCCAGAGACAAACACAUGCUGGACUAUGCCUGGGUAGACACCUGCUGUAUUGAUAAGACAAGCAGCACCGAACUAUCCGAGGCCAUUAACUGUAUGUUCAAAUGGUAUCAAGAGGCAGCUGUAUGUUUCGUAUGGCUUUCUGAUAUGGUCCUCGAACCGGCUGAUUUAUGGGAUACUCCACUUGGACCAUAUAAGAGAAUCACUUCGAAUGUGUUAAGAAAGUGUAAGUGGACUACAAGAGGCUGGACGCUUCAAGAGCUAUUAGCGCCAAGCGUCGUCGAAUUCUACGACAGGAAUUGGGAUUUUGUCGGCACCAAGGACUCGUGGCUGUUAGACCCCAUAUCAGAAGUUACCGGAAUCGAGCCUGAAUUCUUGACCCGUAACUACUUAAUCUGGUCUGCCCCGGUUGGUAUUCGGAUGCAAUGGGCCGCCAAGAGAAAGACAACACGACCAGAGGAUAUAGCGUACUGUCUUCUGGGUAUUUUCGAAAUCAAUAUGCCCCUAUUAUACGGCGAGGGGGAUAAGGCAUUUCUUCGACUUCAAGAAGAGAUCUGCAAGCAGACUCACGACUUAUCUCUAUUUGCAUGGACAGCACGAUCAGGCUAUGUUUCUUCUUCCUUAUUUGACUGUUAUCGCGGCAUCUUCGCCAUUCACCCAUGUGAAUUCACAGGACUGCAGGGGCUAAAACGCGAGAGCGUUAGUAGAAUCUUUCGCGGCGAGGUCACCAUCACCAACAAAGGUCUCCGUCUCGAUGACGUCCAGUUAUAUAGGGCGCCUAAUGAUACAUUGAUAUUACCACUCGAUUAA